CAUCCCAAAGAGACCGACCAAUAGCAGAGCUGAGCGCGUUACACGCUUAGUAUGUGCAAACAGUGUCUGGAUAAAAGCGAGCAAUAUUAACAGCACGUCUGUUACUGUCACACGCCUUGCUUGAAGGGAACCUAUCUUUUGGAAACAGAAAUGUUUUUAAGCCAUGUGCUUUUCAUUGUUGGAACGCAAAGCGUUUCUGUCAUCUUUUUGCUUCCCUUACUUUUAACGGAGGCGGCAACAGAAUUACCCAGCUGCAAAGAGUCUGACUACCAUUUUGAGUACACAGACUGUGAUGUUUUGGGCUCUCGAUGGAGAGUGGCGAUUCCCAACAAGCCUGAGACCUGCACUGGGCUACCUGAUCCAGUCAAAGGCACCCACUGCACGUUUACCUGCAACGAAGGUGAAUUUCUGGACAUGAGGACUCAAGAGUGUCAGAAAUGCGUCGCAGGGACCUAUUCUCUUGGGACGGGUGUUGCUUUCGACGAGUGGGACUCUUUGCCCACUGGCUUUAUCAGCCACGGCAUCAGUAUGAACCUUGGAGACGCGCACAUAAAUUGUUCCAAUUCAACAUGGAUCCCGAAAGGUGAUUAUAUUGCCUCUAACACAGAUGAGUGCACUUCAACUCUUUCCUAUGCUGUGAGUCUAAAGAAGCCUGGAUCUGUGUCCUUCCAAUACUUCUAUCCAGACAACCACAUGUUUUUUGAGUUUUAUGUUCAGAAUGACCAGUGUCAGUCUACAGAAUCUCAAAGUCGUUGGAUGAAGGUAUCGGAAAGUGACUGGGAUUAUCAUUAUGUACAGCUGAAUAGUGGUAACAAUGUCUUGUACUGGAGAACAACAGGUUUCUCUCUGGCUGCCAACACUGCCAAACCGGUUCUGCUGAAGAACAUUGCCAUCUCAGGUGUCUCAUUUACAUCAGAGUGUUUUCACUGUAAGCCUGGUACCUAUAGUGAUAAACCGGGAGCUGCCCGCUGUGCCCCAUGCCCUGUUAAUUCGUACUCUAAUAAGGGAGCCACUGCGUGCCAACCCUGUGAGGCGGACAAAUAUUCAGGAAUUGGAUCUGGAACCUGUCUACAGCGACCACCCUGCAAGACAACUGAUUACUUCUAUACUCACACACCGUGUGACUCCAGUGGUCAGACGCAGCUUAUGUAUAAGUGGAUUGAGCCCAAAAUCUGCAGUGAGAGUGUGGAGGGGGCAGUGAAGCUUCCAGCUUCAGGGAAGAUGAUGGCCUGCCCUCCAUGUAAUCCAGGAUUCUUCUCCACCAACACCUCCACCUGUGAACCCUGCCCGCAUGGCUUCUAUUCAAAUGGGACAGAAUGUUCAGAGUGUCCUGCUGGAACGGAACCAGUCGUGGGUUUUGAAUAUAAAUGGUGGAACAAAAUGCCCAGCAAUAUGAAGAGUACAGUCUUCAGCUCAGAAUACAGAAGCACUGAGAGGAGUACAGGCUGGGAGGUUGCGGGUGAGUACAUCUACACCACACCAAGCAAUCAGGACUCUGACUACAUGAUGCUGACACUCACAGUACCUGGAUACAGUCUGCCUACUUCCCUGAGUGAAGACAAUGAGAGAGCUCAGCUUUCCAGAAUAACAUUUGUGUUUGAAACGAAGUGUACAGCUGAUUGUAAACUGUAUUUCAUGGCAGGGCAAUAUGAAUGGAGUAAUAUUGUGGAGAGUUGGUCUGGCACUACAGGGAAGCAGUCCUAUUCUUAUCUUAUUAAAAGCAACGACACUGUUAGCUUAACCUGGGGUUUUCAGCGCACUGGAAUCUUCAGCACAAAAAAUGAAUACAGCUCUGACUAUGCUAAGAUCUACUCUGUUCACCUCACUAAUGUGAUCGGAGGUGUGGCUUCAGAAUGUCGUCAGUGUGCUCUGGCUGCUGUUGACUCUAACUCUGCCUGCGUGCCCUGCCCUCCAGGACACUACAUGCUGAAUGGCACUGGAGUGUGUAGAAGCUGUCCCUCAAAUACAGUCAUUAGGCCCGAGCAGCCAUUCGGAGAACAAGCCUGCAUACCUUGCAGACCCAAUACUUACAGUAACAAAGGUCGUUCUGCGUGCAUGAGUGACUGUACAUUAUCACUGCAUCAUAAAGGAGAGAUUCUGAAUUAUGAUUUCCAUCCGUUGGCAAAUGUCACUGGCUUCCAGAGCAGCCCACGCUUCACCAAUAAAGGGCUGCAGUAUUUCCACCAUUUCAGUGUGGCGCUGUGUGGGACAGAAAAUAGGGCUCUCGCGUCCUGUGUGGAAAAUGUGACUGAAAGCAAGAGGGAUGUAAAAGGCUACAUCUGUCAGUCUACCGUUGUGCCUUCUGAGGUCAGGGGUCAGAGUGUUGUGUCCUCUCAGCCCUUCAGUAUUGGAGAUACUUUAAUCGGAGUGACAACUGACUCCAAAUUGGAUGACAUCUCAUCACUGGAUGGCAACUUUCCUGUUGAAUCAGAGCUGCCCGAUGUCAUAUUCUACUAUAGAUCUGGAGAAACUACACAAGCAUGUAAAAAUGGAAGAUCAGCCUCCAUUAGGCUCAGAUGUGAUCCAAGUGUAACACAGAAGAACCAGGUUUCCCUACCAAGCAACUGCUCAGAGGGCACCUGUGAUGGCUGCUCUUUCCAUUUCCUGUGGCGCUCCCAGUAUGCCUGUCCUCUCUGCUCUGAGAGGAACUAUAAGGAGAUUGUGAGCGCUUGUAUCCAAGGAAUUCAGAGGACUACCUAUGUAUGGCAGCAACCUCUGAGGUGCACUGGUGGGGUGUCACUACCUCCUCAAAAGAUCAGUGCCUGUGUGACACUGGACUUCUGGCUAAAGUUUGGUGUCUCCAUUGGAACUAUGGCUGCUAUAUUGCUCAUUACCAUCAGCUGCUACUUCUGGAAAAGGACACGCAAGCUGCAGUAUAAGUACUCAAAGCUAAUGAUGACUGCAGGAGAUAAAGAGUGUGAACUUCCAGCUGCCGAUAGCUGUGCCAUCAUGGAAGGAGAAGAUGCAGAGGAUGACCUCAUCUACCUCUCCAAGAAAUCUUUCUUCACUAAGAUCAAGUCAUUUUCCAGAGAGAGAACGUCAGAUGGCUUUGAUUCUGUUCCUCUGAAAUCAUCAGCUGCACAGGAGAUGGAAAUGAACUAGACCUUCUCAGACACAGGGAGAGCCAGCAACAAAUGCCUGGCCUGUCACGAGACAUCCUUGAACAAUGUUUUUGACAAUAUAACAUCAAUACUUUUAUUUCCAAAGAGACUGAGCAAAGAAAAAAAUGUUGAAAAACAAGUCUGCCUUGUACAAGUCACCCCAAAAACAUGUGAUUGUUUCAACUGCAUCAGCAAACUGAUAGCAAGACUGGCAUAAGAAGAUUUUAAAAUACUUUUAUGAUAUGAGUUUCUAAAAAAAAAAAGACCUACUGUAUAUCAAUGUGUAUAUAGGCCAAUGCAACGUUUUUAUACCAAACACACAUGCUUGCCCUAGUAAAAAGUAAAUGUACUAAAAUGUAUUUAAAAUGUAUAAGUAUACUACAAAUACAUUUACGUAUUAUGUACUUAAUGAAAACACCCUGCAAUUGUACUUUUAGUACACUAAACUGGUAUAAUUGUAUGUAAUACACUUUAACUGUGCAGAAGUAGUGCUGAAGUAUAACUAAAGAUAUGCUUAGUAUAUUUUAUUGUGCAACUAUUGCAAGUAUACUUUAUAAAUGUUGCAUUUAAAAACCAAUAAUAUUUAAAGAUCACACAAUCCUCAUCAAUAGUGACAUUAAAUGAUAUCAUAGGCUAAAUAUUAAGAAAUUUGCAUUGUGCACAAUUAGUACUCCAAAUAAAGUUUAAUCACAACUUUUUAAAAAUAAUUUUAUAUCAGUAAGUCUCAAACGAUAUGUCAGUAAAUAUGUUAAUAGCCUCGAACUAUACUUAGUAUAAAAUAAAUGCAUUUUAAAUGUAUUACUUUUUUACUAGGGUGUGAAAGAUAAUGCUGGAAAAUUUACAUUGCAUUUGUUUGACGUCAUUCUGUGAUAUGUAUCAAAUAUGAUAUAUUUUUCUCUUCAUUUGGAUCAGUGAAGUGUUUUCAAGAGUCUGAGAGCCUUACAAGUGCUUGCAUAUGUUGCAUUUUUCUUUCUUUUUUUAAAUCAUUCAAAUGUUUUGGCAUACAAGCAUUUAUUGUGCAGACCUUUUAUUGUUGUUUUUGUUAUGUUUUUUGUAUUUUAGGAAAUGUCAUCAUGUUUGUAAUAGUUUUAAUGAAGAAUACAGCAUACUUGAUAAAGCUAAUGUGUCCAUUGCUUAUUAAAUAUUGGACUAACUAUAAUCAAACCAAGCUACAACAAGAAAUCUAUCUAGUUGUUAUUUGCUAAUUAAAAUAAUUUAUCUUA